AUGGCAAUGGCACCAACUAUUCCAACUGAGCAAUGGGCCCAAGUGGUCGAGGCCACUGGAAAGCCCGUCGUCUACAAGCGGAUCCCCGUUCAGAAGCCAGGUCCAGAUGAGGUUCUCAUCAACAUCAAGUACUCGGGUGUAUGCCACACUGACCUUCACGCCGUGAACGGUGACUGGCCUCUCGCGGUCAAGCUUCCGCUGGUCGGCGGUCACGAAGGUGCUGGCAUCGUCGUUGCCCUGGGAAGCCAGGUCCACGAUGUCAAGAUCGGUGACUACGCUGGUGUGAAGUGGGUCAACGGAUCUUGCCUCGCGUGUGACUUCUGCCAAAGAUCCGAUGAGCCGCUCUGCGCAGAAGUUCUCCUCUCCGGCUACACAGUCGACGGCACCUUCCAGGAGUACUGCAUCGCCAAGGCUGCUCACAUUGCCCGCAUCCCCAAGGAGUGUGACCUCGAGGCCAUCGCCCCCGUUCUCUGUGCCGGCAUCACCGUCUACAAGGGACUGAAGGAGUCCCAAGCCCGACCCGGACAGACCGUAGCCAUCGUCGGCGCUGGUGGUGGCCUGGGAUCGCUGGCCUGCCAGUAUGCCAAAGCCAUGGGUCUCCGCAUCAUUGCCAUCGACGGCGGUAAGGAGAAGAAAGAGAUGACCGCCAGCCUGGGUGCCGACGCCUUCGUCGACUUCCAGACCAGCAAGGACUUGGUGGCCGACGUCAAGGCUGCCACUGCCGAUGGCCUUGGACCCCACGCCGUCAUCUUGGUCGCCGUCAGCGAAAAGCCCUUCCAACAAGCUGCCGAGUACGUCCGCCCACGUGGUACUGUUGUGGCCAUCGGCCUCCCCGCCGGCGCUUACCUCCGAGCACCCGUAUUCGAGUCCGUGGUCAAGAUGAUCACCAUCAAGGGCUCGUACGUGGGAAACAGAGCCGACUCCGCCGAGGCCAUUGAGUUCUUCAGACGUGGCUUGAUCAAGGCGCCCUACAAUUCUAUCGGCAUGAGCCAGCUCCAGAAGGUUUACGACAUGAUGCGCGAAGGCAAGAUCGCCGGACGAUACGUCGUCGACACCUCCAAGUAA